CUGGCGGGGUCCAAAUCGUUCGGAGGCCGCCCGCUUAAGCGCGCUGGGAAAUGCAAAGGGAGCGGAGUUCGCGGACUUGCGCCGCCUCGCGAAGGCUGAGGCGGCGAUGUGGAAGUUUCAGGAAGGAGAGUGUGCGUGUUGGUGAAGGCCGAGGUCGUGAUGGACAUGAUAGAGGAUUACUACAGCAAGGAAGACGGAGGCUGGCAGGUGGUGAAUGUGAAGAGCAAUCCCAACCGGCAAUCUCACGGGGCAGCCCCGGAUCCGGAGGGUGAGGUCCUGAGGCCCCUCCUGAUUGGCCAAAGCAACGUCCUGCAGCAGUUCCACGUGGAGCAGCUCUCGCGCCACUUGCCCCCACGCACUGUGGGUUACCCGUGGCAACUCAAGUACGGGACGGCAACGCACGGCACAAGCCUGCGCACGCUUUACCGCGCGCUGGCGCCGCUCAGCUCGCCCGUCCUGCUCACCGUGCAGGACACACACAAGCAGGUGUUUGGGGCCUUGGCCUCGGAGCCGUUCAAGGUCAGCGAACAUUUCUACGGGACCGGAGAGUGCUUCCUGUUCACCUUUAACCCCGACCUCAAGGUUUACCGCUGGACCGGAGAUAACACGUUCUUCAUCAAGGGGGACCUGGAUUCACUGGGGAUGGGAAGUGGAAGGGGAGCGUUUGGCCUGUGGCUCGACUCGGACCUCUACCACGGGCGCAGCCACCACUGCGACACGUUCGGCAACGCUCCCCUCUCCACGCAGGAGGACUUCUCCGUGAACCAGCUCGAGGUGUGGGCGUUCCUGUGACGGGCGCAAUCCUUGCUCCGAUCGGGCCCCGACGCCCUUGGACUCUCCCGUGCGCCCGCUCGGCUGUUGCCGCACACAGGACCACGCCACUGCAGUGGUGCAGUGUGGGGGCGGGCGGGGGGGGGUGGCGGGAAAUGGGUGGGUCGGUGCAUUAUCUAGUUAGCUUAUAUAGUCAGUACGAUGUAUUGUCGGUGAGUGACUGAAUGAAUGGCUGAUGCUUCACCAAGUUCUCAAUGGCCUAAAGCCACAGACCGUUCUAGUGAAUGGUUUUGAGGUUACUAAGUCCGUGCGCAUACAUAUACGUACAACAACAACAAUACAACUACAAUGACGGAACAACAAUAACAGCUGCCGUUCACCAGGCAGUGGGGGGGAACAUCACCACAGCACUUGUGCAAGGCUCAGUGAAACUUUAGGCCACUUGAAUACAUACGUACAAAGACAACGAUUACCGCAUUACAGGAUUUUGGGACAAGUGCUCUUAUCGAGAACCUAUUAAGGCCGGCACGGUAAUACGAGGGGGUGGUGUGGCCAUCACUACGCCCGGCCA